CAGAACAUCUGGUAUAUUCUGUAAAUACUCAUUUUGCGGGCUGUAUAAAAGUCUCAGGAAGCAAAGAGACCUUGGGAGCCAGUCAGUUGGAGUUUCACAACUAGUCUUUGUUCUUCACAUCUAACAGGAUGACUUCUGACAGUUCCCCCACGUGCUGCUCUUCUGAAUCCUGUGCCAGAGCUUCUGACUGUGCAUUUGCUUCAACCUGUUCCGUGGAAACCACUUGCUUCCCCAGCACCCCUGCUACAUCCAGAUGCCAGACUCCCAGCUUCCUAUCCAGGUCUCGUUUGCCGACUGGUUGCCUCACACCAUGCUACUUGUCUGGGACUUGUAAUCCGUGCCUGGUGGGGAACUGUGCUUGGUGUGAGGAUGGAGUGUUCAACAGCAACGAGAAGGAGACAAUGCAGUUCCUCAAUGACAGACUCGCCAACUAUCUGGAGAAGGUGCGUGGCCUGGAGGAGAUGAAUGCGGAGCUGGAAUGCAGGAUCCGAGAGCAAUGUGAAGAGGACCUCCCACUGGUGUGCCCUGAUUAUCAAUGUUACUUCGACACCAUCGAAGAGCUGCAGCAAAAGAUCUUGUGCACGAAGGCAGAGAAUUCUAGACUUGCUGUACAGCUUGACAACUGCAAACUGGCUGCCGAUGACUUUAGAUCAAAGUACGAGUCUGAACUGUCUCUUCGCCAGCUGGUAGAGACAGACAUUGGCGGCCUGCAGGGGAUCCUGGGUGAGCUGACUCUGUGCAAAGCUGACCUGGAGGCCCAUGUGGAAUCUCUGAAGGACGAUCUCCUUUGCCUUAAGAAAAACCAUGAAGAGGCGGUCAGCUUGCUCCGGGGACAACUCGGUGACCGACUCAGUGUGGAGCUGGACACUGCCCCCACCAUCGACCUCAACAGGGUCCUGGAUGAGAUGCGUUGUCAGUAUGAAACAGUGCUGGCCAACAACCGCAGAGACGUGGAAGAAUGGUUCGCUGUUCAGACCGAGGAGCUGACCCAGCAGCAGGUGUGCAGCGCAGAGCAGCUGCAGGACUGCCAGGCAGAGAUCCUGGAACUGAAACGCACAGCCAAUGCUCUGGAAAUAGAGCUCCAAGCGCAGCAAAGCCUGACAGAAUCUCUGGAAUGCACUGUGGCAGAGACGGAGGCCCAGUACAGCACCCAGCUGGCCCAGAUACAGUGCCUGAUUGAUAAUGUGGAGAACCAGCUGGCCGAGAUCAGGUGUGACCUAGAGCGGCAGAACCAGGAGUACGAGGUGCUGCUGGACACAAAGGCCCGGCUGGAGUGCGAGAUCAACACGUACCGUGGUCUCCUUGAGAGUGAGGACAGCAGGCUCCCCUGUAACCCGUGUUCUGCCAUAAGCACAUCAAGCAACACCUGUGAGCCUUGCUCGGCGUAUGUGAUUUGCACAGUCGAAAACUGCUGUACCUGAGC